UGUGACUGUUAUGUAAUGGACGUGCAUUUCCCUUCGCCUAGCAUGGAGGGAAGAAAGCCGAUGAUCGCGAUCAACGGCCUGAAAUUCACCUACCCAGGAAUCGACGGCCAUCCACCGCCUGGGUCUACUCCUUUGAUCGACGAUUUCUCUCUCACUCUCAACUCCGGCGACCGAUGUCUUCUCGUCGGAUCCAAUGGCGCUGGUAAAACUACUAUUCUGAAGAUCCUGGGAGGAAAGCAUAUGGUGGAGCCUCACAUGGUGCGUGUUCUGGGAAGAUCCGCUUUCCACGACACCUCUUUGACGGCUUCUGGUGAUCUCUGCUAUCUUGGAGGAGAGUGGAGGAGGGAUGUCGCUUUUGCAGGUUUUGAUGUUGCAAUACAGAUGGAUAUUUCUGCAGAGAAAAUGAUAUUUGGAGUUGCAGGUGUUGACACUCAAAGAAGAGCUGAACUUAUCAAAGUGUUAGAUGUGGAUCUGUCUUGGAGAUUGCACAAGGUAUCUGAUGGUCAGAGAAGAAGAGUGCAAAUUUGUAUGGGCCUCCUUAAGACAUUCAAGGUUCUCCUUCUUGAUGAGAUAACAGUCGACCUUGAUGUGCUGGCAAGGGCUGACCUUUUAAACUUUCUCAGAAAGGACUGUCAAGAGCGAGGGGCUACAAUUAUCUAUGCUACCCACAUAUUCGAUGGUCUAGAGGAUUGGCCAUCACAUAUUGUGUAUGUGGCUCAUGGCAAGCUUCAAUUGAUGAUGCCAAUGGAUAAAGUGAAGGAGAUUAGCAGCCUGUCACUGAUGAGAACAGUGGAGACUUGGUUGAGGAAAGAAAGAGAUGAAGAGAGGAUGAGGAGAAAAGAGAGAAAGGCAUGUGGCCUACCCGAGUUUGAAAAACGAAUGGAGGAAAGCCGUGUUGCUGGUGAUCCAGCACGUGCCGCUGUUCGUGUAGUUAACAACGGUUGGGCUGCAGGAAGGCUGCACUCCACUGUUGCUGGUGAAGAAAACUUCGUCCUCAGCUCCAACAGAGUUUUGAGACAGUAGAUAAUCUGAUAAUAAACAAUCCCUGUUCUUCCUGCUAUAAUAGCAUAUGAAGAAGUCUCUGGAUAUACGCUUACUUUUAUACAACCACAUAAGACUGUGUCUGUAUUAUUAAGCUGAAAUUGAUGUUAUCUUAAUUUAUGAUCACAAAAAUAAUUUGGGUGCA